CAGCUGUCGCAUUUAAUUCAUAGGACCGAUAAGGUAAAGGAAAGGACACCACUUUGUACCAUAGAGAUCCAGCCUGUGUGCGUUUUGUUUGCUAUUAGCCUGACAUAUUAUUGUUGCUGUCCAAUUCUCCUAUGCCCUAUCGUCAUUACGCCAUGGUGCAAGGGACAUCGCAAGAAAGAAUGUGGUUUUACAAAGAACAGGCAGGUAAAUGUUUGGCAGGGCGAAGUAUGAUGCCUGGGAAUCAUAACUCGAGUCCGAAUGUGAUCUUUCGUUUGGCUAACCUCCCCAUGGUUAGCUCAGCGUGUGCACUCGUAUCUGUCUUGUAUUGUGACACCAAGAGCAACCACCCCUACAUCAGAUCGUUGUGUAAGGUGGUGGAGAUUAGUGUGAUGACCUUAACCUCUGUAGCCUGUAACAGUGCCACCCCCAUCAUCAUUAAGCUGGAGCCCCAAAUUUCCAUUGUGAAUGAUCUUGCAUGUAAAGGCCUAGAUAAGCUUGAGAGUACGUUGCCAGUGCUUCAACAGCCUUCACAGCAGAUUGUUUCAGAUGUGAAGAAUAUAAUGAUGGAGGCCAAAGAUGCUGUUGCUGUCCGCGGCGCAAAGAACUGCAUGUAUUACACCAUGACUGGAAUGGUUGCGAUGACAAAAGGCGCAAGUGGUGGCAGAGUCAACGUGGUGUCCCUGGAGCAUGCGGUCCAGCUGGUUAGCGUGGGACUGGAAUCUGCACUGAGCCUGUCAGAAACCCUGGUGGACCAAGCCCUUCCUCCGACCUAUGAAGAGAUGGAAGACGAGGUAAAGACUGUGAAGGGCUUUGAUGUUGCCGCCGCCAGGCUCAGCUCUCCUGUCCGACUGGUUUCCCUCACUGUCAAGCUGUGUAGACGAGCAUACCACCAGGCAGAGGAGAAGGUGCGCUCUGUCAAAGUCUGUGGUCAGAAAUCCCUCAACUUGCUUCAGUACACCAUGAACUUGGAAAAUCUUGGCGCCUUGGUGGAAUGGACUAGUAAUGUUCAAGAGAAGGAAGACAAGGAGACCGAGCGGGUGGUUAUCCACAGCCUGGAAGUCUCUCCCAGUGUGAGUCACCAGCUGCAGAGCAGCUGUCUGAGCCUGGCCUGCAGCCUCCAAAGUCUCCCCCGCCACCUCCAGCAGCAGGCUGUGUGUGUGCUGCUUUCUGCCUCACAGAUCUUACACAACUUUAGUUCCGCUGACCCCCACCCGGGCAUCAGACCUCAGGGCAUAGUGAGCGGUUCUCUGGAUGCCAUCCUGGACUACCUGGUCCACAACAUGCCCCUCAAUUGGCUGGUGGGGCCCUGGUACCCUCGGACGCCCCCCAUUACGCCAAGAGCCCAGACCAAUGGUCGAAGGAGGAAGAGGCCUGCCAAGAAAACCGGUGUUUUUGACCAUAAGUGUACUGUCACACCCUAUGAACAAUAUUGAUGUGGUUUGUGUUGGGAAUCAGUCGUCUCAGAUAUAAGUAUCCUUCUGAAAUGUAGUGGUGUCUGUUUUUUUAUUAAUAUAAUAUUGGUCUAACACACAGCAUCAUGUUAAUGCAUUUGACCUGUGGGCAUCUGUUCACAUUUUCUAGACUUGGGUCAAUAGACUCCGGUAAGGUCACAAUCCAUUUUGUUUGGGGUUUCUGUCACUGCUGUACUGCAAAUCAAUGUGUGGAUGGCGCUGGAAUUGUAUGUUUCAUGCUGUGGAAAGAAUAUGUUAAACCACAAUAAAUGACAAUGCAAGU